CACAGCCUACUUCUGCAAGGGUAUACCUCGCCACUGGUUCAGAGAUGGCUGGGAUAGGCUCCAAACCCCCCGUGAGCCUAGAGGGGAUAACUGGAGCAAACAUGUUGCCUUCCCAAGAAGCCUCCAAGAUCUACCACGGCAGUUACAACUACAACUACAACCCGCGGGCCGUCGGGGUGCUGUGGGCCAUCUUCACCAUCUGCUUCGCCAUCGUCAACGUGGUGGUCUUCAUCCAGCCCUACUGGAUCGGAGACAGCGUCAACACGCAGCAGGUCGGCUACUUCGGCCUCUUCCACUACUGCGUGGGCACCGGGCCGUCGCCCAGCCGGGAGCUCACCUGCGUGGGCAGCUUCUCCGACUUUAGCUCCAUCCCGUCCGGAGCCUUCAAGGCGGCAUCUGUGUUUGUGCUGCUCUCCAUGGUGCUCAUCAUCGGUUGCAUCGUCUGCAUGGCACUCUUCUUCUUCUGCAACACCUCCACAGUGUACAAGACCUGCGCCUGGAUGCAGCUGCUGUGCGGAGUCUGCCUGGUCCUGGGCUGCAUGAUCUUCCCUGACGGAUGGGACGCUGAAGUCAUCCGGGACAUGUGCGGGGAGCACACGGGGAAGUACUCUCUGGGUGACUGCUCUGUCCGCUGGGCCUACAUGUUGGCCAUCAUGGGCAUCCUCAAUGCCCUGGUGCUGUCCUUGAUGGCGUUCGUCCUGGGCAACCGGCAGAAUGAUUUCUACCUGGAUGACCUGCAGACUGACAACAAAGAUUUUGCUGUGUCCAGGAUUGAGGUUCGGGAUAGAAGGGAGCCAAGACGCUGACGUGGCUGCAUCCCUUGUUCAUCCCUUUUGACGCAUUUGGAUCGACUGCACUGGGUUUCCGAGCUGGGCCGA